AUUAGCAUAAUCUCUGUGGAAUUAAAAAAAAAUCGUAGAGUUUCUCGGUUUUAAAUCAAUCUUAUACAUUCAAUGGUAUUUAUAAACAUAUAUUAAUUGAUAUUUUAGAAAUUACAACAACAACAAAUAAUAUUGAUUUUUCGGAUAAAUCACUUGUUGACACAAAACAAAAUAAUCAAAUUUUAAGUUUACAAGAAGAAAUUAAAUAUUUAGAACAACAAUUAAAAGAUAAUCAAUAUUUAAUUGAUUCAUUAAAAAAUAAUCUUCAAUUAAUUACACAAGAAAAUUUACAACUUACAAAACAAUAUAAUGAAAUUCAACAAAAAAAUGAUUUACUUAUUAAAGAUAAUCAUAAUUUAACUAAUCAAUUAGAAAAUCGAUCUAUUCCUCUUGAUUCUCAACAAGAAAAUGUUUUACAAUUAUCAAGUGAUCAAAUUCAACAUAUUCAUCAUUCCCCAAUUGAAGAAAUUCCAUUAAAUAUCAUUCCACAUGUUCAAUCUUCAAAUGUGAUAGAAGAAAAUGAAGAAAUUCAACAAUUAAAAAAUAAUCUUGCCACUCUUACAAUACAAUGUACUGAAUUAGAUGAAGCUAAUCGUGCAUGGCAACAAUAUUAUCAAAAUCAAAUUGAAUUAUUUCAUGAUAAAUUACAAGAUUGGAUUCCAUUGGAUAUGAAUUUAACUCUUGAACAAAUAAUACAUCAAAUUAUUAGUUAUCUUAAUCAAUUAGAAUAUGAUAAAAAUUUAUCAUUACAAAAUAAUAAUCCAUCAGGUAGAAAAUUAUUUAAUGAAGCAAGUUUUUUCAGUUUAAAUUGUGUCAACAAGUAG